CAUUCAGUCAGAGUCAGUACCUCUAGCGGCCGUCGCAGGGCUGCGCGUGCGCACUUUCACACACUGACACACAAACCGACGAUAAAUUCUAUAAAAAUGGACAACAAAAAUAAUUAUCCGUGGGACAUUAUAGAUGUCCCCCAGGACACUGCUGAACAUCUUAUGAAGUAUUUUACAGGUGAACUGACGGGCUUCGUCCGUAUCGGACCCAAAGGUUACUUCAUGCCACACAAGUUCAGACAAGAGGCGGCCAGGAUCUACAACAUGCCGCUCAGGAGAGAUGACAUCUUUGUCGCCAGCUACCCUCGAUCAGGUACAACUUGGACACAGGAGCUCGUUUGGAUGGUGGCCAACGAUUUGGACUACGCCACAUCAGCUGCUAUACCCCUCACAGAACGAUACCCCUUCCUUGAAUUUUCAGUAUUCGUCCAUCCGCUAAUGAAAGAACGGUUUGUUGAAGAGAACAAGGAUAGUGAGAGGAAACUAAAUCUACUGGAGAUAGUGACGCAAGCAGGCACGGACCAGCUCGCCGACAUCCCGUCUCCACGCUUCAUCAAGACCCACCUCCCGAUGUCGCUGCUUCCCUUAGGAGUUCUGGGCACGGCUCGAGUGGUGUAUGUGGCGAGGGACCCCAGGGAUGUGGUGGUUUCAUUCUACCAUCUGAACAGGCUCAUCAGAACUCAGGGCUACAACGGAGAUUUUAAAACUUAUUGGAAAUUUUUUAUAAAAGAUUUGCACCAUUGGACGCCGUAUUUUGAACAUCUGAAGGAGGCGUGGAAUCAAAGGCAUAACCCACGAUUGCUGUUCUUAUUCUAUGAAGAGCUAUCAAAGGAUUUGCCGGCAGCUAUCCGCAGAGUUGCUAAGUUUCUAGACAAGGAUUUCAGUGAAGAACAGAUUAGUAAAUUGUGCGAUCAUCUUAGCAUCGAGAAUUUUAAGAAUAACAAAUCCGUGAACUAUGACGUCAUGAAGGAGCUGGGCAUCCUGAUACCAGGAGAACAGGCUUUCAUCAGAAAAGGAAAAGCCGGGGGCUGGCGCGACUACUUCGACGACGAAAUGGCCGCGGAGGCAGAGCGCUGGAUUGCGGACAACUUGCGAGACACGGACCUCAGAUUUCCACACUUGGAACAUUAACUGAAUCAGUUGAAUAUGUAACUAGACAAAUCAGCUGUGUAUAUAAACUAUACACUUUGAAGUUCGAACCUUUCAUUCAAAGGUCACUUCAGAAUUGAUUAGUUUCUUUCAGGGCUUUGGUGAAUUUUAUAAUUUUGAAGAUUUUCGGAGAUGCUAAAGAAAAGAUCAGAUAGGGUGAUAAUCAUUUAUUCGAAUAAAAUGCUCUAUUUUAGUAUGUAUUUCUUUGUAACACCAUGAUAUUUAAGUUUACAUCGACAUAAUAAGUAAGCUAUUAAGAAUUAAACAAGAUUAAUCUGUAUCGAUUCACUUAAUUAUAUUUUAUAAAUUUAAACCUUCAUAAAUAAAACAAUGUCUCAGUCC